UGUAAAAAGUGCAGUUACAAAGAACGAAUCUUUAAUACAGUGUAGGCAAACCAUUCGUUGUUGUUCGUUGUCGAUCGCGAGGUUCUAACCUCACAAUCGGGAGCGCCUAACCUCACAUUCAAUAUUAAUAAAGUCGAUAUUUAUUUAAAACAUGUUGAAAAUAUUGCGAGCUGCUGCUCGGUCGAAAAGAACUUGCGCAGCAAAAUCCGAGGGACUCAGAAAAUGUAGUAGUCAGGCAACACAGAUUAAAUAUCCUAAGAGGAUAUUCUCCGGAAUUCAGCCUACAGGAAGCGUGCAUUUAGGAAAUUAUUUCGGUGCUAUUCGGAGAUGGGUGGAGUUACAGAACUCUGGUGAAGCAGUUCUGUGCAGCAUAGCGGAUCUGCAUUCCAUUACUUUGCCGCAAAAUCCUCAAAAAUUGAGAGAAAAUACUCUACUGAUGACCGCGACACUGAUAGCAUGUGGCAUAGACUAUAAAAGGAGUAUUUUGUUCCAACAAUCCAAAGUACCAAUGCACACGGAACUGUGUUGGAUCUUAGGCAGUAUCACGACUAUGGCAAGGCUAGCACAUCUACCACAAUUCAAGGAGAAGAGCGAAUCCUUAAAAAAUAUACCUCUAGGCUUGUACAUCUAUCCUGUUCUACAGGCAGCUGAUAUAUUAUUAUAUAAAGCAACGCAUGUUCCAGUCGGGCAAGAUCAAGCUCAGCAUAUUCAGUUGGCACAAGAUUUAGUACAGAUUUUUAACAGGCAGUUUGGACAAACCUUUCCAGUACCACGUACUCUUAUUAGUGAUGGUCCGAGCCAGAGAAUUAAGUCUCUACGUGAUCCCACAAAAAAAAUGUCAAAAUCACACACAGAUUCUAAGUCCAGGUUAAAUCUCUUGGACGAACCAGAUGAACUGUUAGAGAAAAUGAAAAAAGCUGUGACUGAUUUUACAUCCAAAGUGACUUAUGACCCAGAAAAACGGCCAGGAGUAGCUAAUUUAAUUAAUAUACACUCUUUGUUUACUGGACAGACGACUGAGGAAAUAUGUGAGGAAGCUAUAGGUUUAAAUACAGGACAGUAUAAAUUGAAAUUAGCAGAUAUAGUGAUAGAAAAAUUAUCCCCAAUUCGUAAAGAUAUAUUGAGAUUAACCAGAGAACCCACCUAUUUGGACGAGAUUUUGAAAGAAGGUGCAGAAAGGGCCACGGAACUUGCGACAAGCUGUUGGGCAGAAGUUACAGAAAAGGUUUUUGGUAAUGAUAUACAAGAUGCGAAAAAUAUAACAAAAACC